UUUGGGAACACUAAAUCCGUAUGCUUUUUGGAAAGCCAUUUAUGGGCUCUUAUGGUGUGAAUAAUUGUUAAUAUUGUCUGUUAAACACAAAAUGGUGUUCAAAUUGCAGUUAAAGAGCACUGCUUUAGUGUUAUGUGUAUUAGUAUUAAGUGAUCAGCUUCUGGAGGGACUGUCACUUCCGGACAGCGAAGGCGGUGAAGGAGACGAUGACUAUGAGGGAGAGUCAGCACAUCCAAGAAGAGGAGGAAAAACGGGAAAGAAAGGGAAAGGGAAUGACAAUCCCAUCGGUUUGCCAAAUGGGGGUAAACUACCCAAGGCCGGCGGUGCUAUCGGUAAUAUUGUUGGCACUGGAGUUCAGACCAUCAAAAAGGGCACAAUGAGUGGUUUGGCUCAAGCACUGGACGAUCGGUUCAUUCAAGUCGAUACGUUGGGUAACCCUCACGGAGGAGUUCCCGAAGACGUGAUCGGACACGUCCGGCUCUGUGCGCAAGUCGUGUACUCCGGAGUCUAUAUAAUAGUUUACCUUUUCAUUCGCUAUCCAUUAAAAAUCUUAUCGAAAGCCAUUUUGUUGACGGGAACUAUUGGCCAUAUAAUCGCAUACGCGAGUUGGUGUCUAAACCCACUCGCAUGGCUAGACUGGACAGAGGACGGCAAGAAAGUCAAUACACAUAAUGAACGUCUCGCCCAAUACAAGGAUGAAAUGAAGGGCCGACUAAUUUGGACCGUAGAUAAGGGUCGACACGAAGACAAACAGAUGUACGCGUGUUGUUCUCUUCAGGACUGGAAAAAGAAAUCGAUAGCCGAAGUGCCCGAAGCCAUAGGUUAUAUGGAGUCCUACUUUUUUCGACUCUACAAACUCUGUGAACUUCUUUACUGCAUGAAAUACCAAUACGGGUCUCAAGCCUGCGAUGAAGUGGAUCUGUCGCCCGCUAACGAAGAGCCAGAAAGAGUUUUACCACAAUCUCAUGUUCCCAUUUGGUUUGAAUUGUUUGAUCAUGAUCAGAUUCUGGAGGGACUGUCACUUCGGCCCAGCGAUGGAGACGAAGGAGACGAUGACUAUGAGGGAGAGUCAGCACAUCCAAGAAGAGGAGGAAAAACUGGAAAGAAAGGGAAAGACAAUCCAAUUGGUUUGCCAAAUGGUGGUAAAUUACCUAAGGCGGGCGGUGCUAUCGGCAACAUUGUUGGCACUGGAGUCCAGACCAUCAAAAAGGGCACAAUGAGUGGUUUGGCUCAAGCACUGGACGAUCGGUUCAUUCAAGUCGAUACGUUGGGUAACCCUCACGGAGGAGUUCCCGAAGACGUUAUAGGACUCGUACGGCUCUGUGCGCAAGUCGUAUACUCCGGAGUCUAUAUAAUAGUUUAUCUUUUCAUUCGCUAUCCAUUAAAAAUCUUAUCGAAAGCCAUUUUGUUGACGGGAACUAUUGGCCAUAUCAUCGCAUACGCUAAUUGGUGUCUAAAUCCCCUUUCAUGGCUAGACUGGUUGGAGGAUGGCAAGAAAGUCAAUACACACAAUGAACGUCUCGCCCAAUACAAAGAUGAGCUAAAAGGCCGACUAAUUUGGACUAUAGAUAAGGGUCGACACGAAGACAAACAGAUGUACGCGUGUUGUUCUCUUCAGGACUGGAAAAAGAAAUCGAUAGCCGAAGUGCCCGAAGCCAUAGGUUAUAUGGAGUCCUACUUUACCCGACUCUACAAACUCUGUGAACUUCUUUACUGCAUGAAAUACCAAUACGGGUCUCAGGCCUGCGAUGAAGUGGAUCUGUCGCCCGCUAAUGAAGAGCCCGAUAGAGUUUUACCACAAUCUCAUGUUCCCAUUUGGUUUGAAUUUGAUCAGAUUCUGGAGGGACUGUCACUUCCGGACGGUGGCGAGCGCGAGAUUGAGUUGGAAUACGAACAUGGUAAAGCAUCGAAAGACAAAGAGGGCAAAGACGGUGAGGGAGACGGCGAUGGAGACGACGCCAAAGCGGGAAAAGGGAAGAAAGCGGAAAAGGGGGGCGAAGAGAGUGCGGGCGGUGAUGGCGACGACGAGGGGCCCAAAGGAGGCAAAAGUGGUGGCAAAGGAAAGGGUGGCAAAAAAGGAAAGGGAAGCGACGACGAGAGCGGUGCCGAUGGCGAUGGAGAGGGAAAAGCAAAGGGAAAGAAAGGAAAAGGAAAGGGAGGAAAAUCGGGAAAGAAAGGCGAAGAGGAAGGCGAGGGCGGAGGCGAUGGCGACGGCGGUGAAAAAGGAGAAGACGGCGAAGAAGGAGACAAAGGAGGGAAGAAAGGAAAAGCCAAAGGAAAGGGUGGAAAGUCAGGCAAAGGGAAAGGAGGCGAUGGAGAAGAAGAAGACGCCGAAGGAAGUGGUGGUAAAUCAAAGAAGAAGAAGAAGACCGGAGACGGCGAUGAAGGAGAAGGAGGAGACGGUGAAGGAGGCGGAGAGGGAGGCGAUGGCGACGAUGACAGCAAAGGAGGAAAGAAAGGGAAGGCAAAAGUGGGAAAAGGAGGCAAAUCGGGAAAGAAAGGGAAAGACAGUUCAGAUGGAGGUCUGGGCAAGAUUGGAAAGGCUGGCGGUGCUAUUGGGGGUAUUGUUGGCUCUGGAGGUCAGACCGUGAAAAAGGGCACAAUGAGUGGUUUGGCCCGCGCUCUGGACGACCGGUUCAUUCAGGUCGACCUCAUGGGCAACGCUCACGGAGGAGUGCCCGAGGACUUGAUAGGACACGUCCGGUUGUGCGCGCAAGUCAUAUACUCCGGAAUCUAUAUAAUUCUUUACCUUAUUAUCCGCUAUCCGUUGAAAAUCUUAUCGAAAGCCAUUUUGUUGACGGGAAGUCUGGGCCAUAUCAUCGCAUACGCCAAUUGGUGUGUGAAUCCCAUCUCAUGGAUGGAUUGGACGAGUGAUGGCAAGAAAGUCAAUACACAUCUCGAACGGCUCGUCCAAUUCAAGGAUGAGAUGAAGGGCCGACUUAUUUGGACUGUGGAUAAGGCCCGACACGAAGACAAACAGAUGUACGCGUGUUGUGCUCUUCAGGAGUGGAAAAAGAAAAGUACGGCCGAAGUGCCCGAAGCCAUAGGUUAUAUGGAGCAGUACUUUACUCUACUUUACAAACUCUGUGAAAUACUUUACUGCAUGAAAUACCAAUACGGGUCUCCGGCCUGCGAUGAAGUAGAUAUGUCCCCCUCUAACGAAGAGCCAGAAAGAAUUCUACCAAUGGCCCAUGUGCCCAUUUGAAGCCAUUGGGGACCCACUGGUCCGGGAAGGGACGAGAGGAGACACGUGUCCGGGUUUGCGGGCGGCGGUGGAGCGCACAAAUCGGAGACCGAGUCGGUGAAAGCGCCGCCAUUAAAGCCGCAUCAAAUGGAAUUCUCCAAACGGUUCUGGAAAAAGUUGAACGCAGAGCAGAAGCCCAAGAAGAUCGACGGCGCGAAGGCUCGGGCCAAAGGGGGCGGCGGUAAAGGCAAAGGGAAGGCAGCGAAAGGCUUUUCCGGCGGCGACGACUACGACGACGGGGAAAUGCAUAGAGAACUCGCCAAUUACGGUAAGAUUAUGCCGAGCGGUGGUAUGAUUUUCUUCGACGACUUGGUCUGGAAGUUCUUCCCGCUGGGCGACGCUUACGGCGGUCUUCCCGAUAAAAAUACACUACUGAACGGCGCGAUAGCUAUUGCCUACACAACCAUCCGAUGGCCGCAUAAAAUAUUGAUUAAGACAAUGAUAGUGAUCGCCGCCAUCGCAUUCUUACCCACAAACGGCAUGUAUUGUCUGAAUCCGCUAUCAAUGGCCAACUUUGUGAAGAAGGGCGGUAUCAUAAACACCAAACAGACAGAGAUGGCUACGAUUACGAAGGAAUUUCAGACACGACUGGCCAACUCGAUCGAUAGGAUUCCCACCAUGAUGGGCAUUAAGAAACACUCGUGCUGCGCGUUCUUUGAUUGGCGAAACAAAAUGAUCAAGACCGCACCAUCGGGGGCACGCGACUUUAUCGAACAAUAUUAUACCAUGUUCUUUACCAUACAUGAGGUAAUCUAUUGUCAAAUCUUCACCAAAGAUCAAGAGGACAAUGAGUUCGUAAUAAAAGGCAUUUUGGGCUUAAUAUACACGACUGUGAGAUAUCCGCACAAAAUCUUAAUGAAGACAAUGUGUGUGUUGUGCGCUCUGGCGUGGCUUCCGAUGAAUGCCCUGUACUGUAUUAGUCCCAUAAGUAUGUCUAACUUCGUGUCCAAAUCCAAGAUCAUAAACAGAAAUCACGACGAAAUGGCAAAAGUGCAGUUUGAGUGGAAGACACGGAUGGCCAACGCCUUGGACAGGGUUUACGUGCUCUCAGACCUACUCAAGAUGUCGUGCUGUGGAUUUGUUGAGUAUAAGAGAAAAUCAAUUGAGGCCACACCCGAUGAGGCCAAGGAGUUUGUGGCCUCUUAUUUCGGAUCGUGGUCUAUUGUGGGGAAUAUCAAGACGGGUCGCCUGAAUGCGAAGGCAUUGAAUAUAUCGGGACAGUAUGACGGGUCGGAAAUUGUUGAACACGUAAGAGUAUAUGGUUACCCUCACGGUGAACCACACCCGGGCGGCCAUCUACACCAUUACGAGCAUCAUGGACACCCACACGAUCACCCACACGGACACCAACACCAUCAUCCCUACGGCCAUCCACAUGGAGGUCAUCCGUAUGGCGGUCACCCACACGGAGGUCACCCAUACGGUGGUCACCCACACGGCGGACACCCGUACGGUGGAGGGCCACACCACUCCCAUCCGGGUCCGUACGCGCCGAUGGGUCGCCAUUGGGCGCCACGACAUCAUUACGAGGCCGACGACGACGACGAGUCGCCAAAACGCUGGGCACCCAUAAGAAGCCAUUGGGGACCCACUGGUCCGGGAAGGGACGAGAGGAGACACGUGUCCGGGUUUGCGGGCGGCGGUGGAGCGCACAAAUCGGAGACCGAGUCGGUGAAA